UCAAAAUACAGCCCUGUAUAGGACAGCUAAAGGGUUGAGAGUGAAAGAAAGAGUGUGUCAAGAAGGUGGUUGGAGAGACGGUUGGAAGGGGAAAUAGAGACAGAAAACAAAUUGAGAAAGUGUGAGAAAGACGGAGCAAUUGAGAAGGGGAGAAGAGUGAGAUUCCAUCCCUGAGUGGUGUGAAAUAUCUGAAUCUGUAGUUCGUUCCUGCUGUGUUUGGGUAAUGCUCAUACAGCGCACAGUUUGAACCAAGCUGUUGUGUGUGUAUGUGUGUGUGUGUGUUGGGUUCGGAAACGAUGUUGGCAGCUGGAUUGGGAAUAUGGCCAACGAGGUUUGUGUGAGUGCAGCCAGGAAUAGAGAGCUUCCCACUUUGAGGCAUUGUGUGAGUGAGAGAGCCUGAUCUGGAUCACACAGCAAGCCUGGUGAGUGAGCGAAGGGCUCGGACGGACUGCGGCCGCCCGAGAUGAAGACACGGUGGUAUUGCAAUUUCGACCAGUCCCCGCAGGGCCUCAGCGAGGAGACGGUGGAUGGGGCUGUUUAUACAGUGACACAGCGGCAGAUGCACCUACAGCAGGCAGCGAACAAAGGGCAACAGUGGCUGGGGAUGGAAAACGAGCUGGUGGGCACCACGUGCGAGACCGUCAAAAUCCGCUCCAUCAAGUUGGGAACGUUGGAGAGGAUAGUGCAGCACCUGCUCGAGGCCUUAGACUGUAGCGACUCUUCCUAUGUCUCUGUCUUCCUGGCCACGUACCGGGCCUUCACGACCACCCAGGAGGUUCUGGACCUGCUCCUCGACAGGCUGGACCACUUAAAACGAGAGCUAGGAGAGAGCACAGACUGUUGCUCACUAAAUGAUUGGGAUCAUCUUCGACAUGUGGCCUCGUCUGUAUUCUCCACGUGGCUGGAACAGUAUUCUGAAGAUUUCCAAGGCCUGGAUCGUGCGUCACUGCAGCGCCUGGUGCUUUAUAUGAGACGGGAAUUUGGGGGCUCGGAGCUGGAGCGGCGAGCUGAGGAUCUCCUGUUACAGAAUGAGAGUCUUUUGAUCAGCGAUGGGAAAGUACCGACAGAUGCUCAAGACCAGGAGGGCCGCGAGCUGCCACAGACUGAGGAGACCGGGAGCAAGCCGGAAACAGUCGAUAUUCUGACUUUCACCGCAGACGUGACGGCAUCGCAGCUGACGAUGAUCGAAGCGGAGCUCUUCAUGAAGGUGGUGCCAUACCACUGCCUGGGCUCUAUCUGGUCGCAGCGUGACAAGAAAGGGAAGGAGAACCUAGCCCCUACCGUCUGGGCCACCGUCCGACAGUUCAACAAACUCGCCAACUGCGUGAUCAGCUCCUGCCUCAGCAACACCAAACUCCGGCCGCAGCAGCGGGCACGCAUCCUGGAGAAGUGGAUCCGCGUGGCAGAGGAAUGCCGGGCUUUGAAGAACUUCUCCUCACUCUAUGCCAUUAUUUCCGCUCUCCAGUCGAACCCGGUGCACAGACUGAAGAAGACAUGGGAGGAGAUUCCCAGGGAAAUCUUUCGGAGUUACAAUGAAUUGUCAGAGAUCUUUUCAGAGGAGAACAACUAUUCCCAGAGCCGGGAGCUGCUGAUCAAGGAGGGAACAUCAAAGUUCGCCACGUUGGACAAGAAACACCUGAAAAAGCCAAAGGACCAGAAAGUUCCCAACGUGGUUCAGGGCACAGUGCCAUACCUUGGGACCUUCCUGACUGAUCUGGUCAUGUUGGACACCGCAGUGAAGGACUAUGCAGAGAAUGGACUGAUUAACUUCGAGAAGCGGAGGAAGGAAUUUGAAAUCAUCGCCCAGAUUAAGCUGCUCCAGAAAGCCUGCAAGAAUUACAGCUUUGAGAAGGAUCCGGAAUUCCUGAACUGGUUCUACAGCCUGGAGACGCUCAGCGAAGCUGAAAGCUACAACCUGUCGUGUGAAGUGGAGCCACCAGUCGAAGCGAGUGGCACCCCCACAAAGACCCGGCCUAUGUUGAUUAUCACACACUGCAGCGACCCUCCGUCCGGCCAGAACAGCCCAACGGUGCUGAGCGGCGGGUUGGUACCAUGGGAUAUACCCGGCUCACCCACGCCGGACCAGGACGGCCCUGGAGAAUCCCCUGGACCCAAGGAGCAUUCGUUCAGACCCAUCAAUGCGCUGCUGUACAAGGUCGCCCGGCACACCAAGUUCCCCUCAGUCUCCUCUCUGGAUUCAGCUGGCAUUGACCCAAGCCCGACCUGCCCCCCGUCACCCUCCGCGUUGUCUCCCACUGCCACCUUCAUCAAAGGGCACAGGCGGUCUGCGUCCUGUGGCGCUUCGUACGUGCCGUCGUCCUCUCCCAUCGGCUCUCCUCAGUCUGAUUGCCGGAUCAUCCGUGUGCGUCUGGACGUCUCCAAUGGGAACCUGUACAAGAGCAUUUUGGUGUCCAGCCAGGACAAGACCCCCGCUGUGGUGGGAAAAGCUCUGGAGAAACACAACCAGGACAGCAACGCAGCCGCCUCUUAUGAACUGGUGCAGCUCAUCUCCGAAGACAAAGAGUUCACCAUCCCCCACAACGCCAACGUCUUCUAUGCCAUGAGCUCCACCAGCGUUGACUUCAUUCUGCGGAGGAGGGGCUACGCCUCCCCCAAGCUGAGAGCCGAGCAUGGAUCGCCCUUCCCGAAGAUCAAGUCCAAAGGGAUGAAGAUUGCCAGGUCCUUGUUUUAAAGGCCCACCCUUUCCCCCCCACCUCCUCCACCUCUGAUGGUAGAAUGGGGAAUGGUGGAUGGGUGGGUGGAUGGGGGGGGUUGGUGUCCUGUGACCCACAGGGAAGGUGUGGCAAUGUGAGCUGGCAGCUCAUUCAGACCGAAGCCGCCAGCAGCGCGCGGACGGAUGGCCCCAGGCUCGCGGAGGGAUCUCUUCAAACUGGGCAGCGUCAUGGACCGCUACGCUCAGGCCGCUUCCCUUCCUUGCCAAAGGGGGCUUCAGAAACGAAAAGCUUCCGGCCAGGGUGAGGGGAUUUUUACCCUUCAGUGGGGCAACGUUUGCCAUGAGCGGGCAGAAAAAUAAGGACCACACGGACUGCCAGGUCCUCAGUUCGGGGCUGAGUGAAUGGACCAGGGAGCAUGAGGGUCCGUGCCCAGGCCCAAUCUCACCCCCCCCCCUUGCUGUAGCCAGAGAGCGAGUGGCUAAUUCAGUCUGGGUGCACAAGAUGGAGGCUUCAAUACACAGGGGCUCAUCAUCCUCUAUAGACGCCAGUGGAAUCAAAGAGAUGCCCAACUGCAGGAUGCCAGUUUGUUGCUUCUCCAUGGCUUCAGCCCCGGGCAUCCGAGCUGGCUGCUCCCCCCACGUGCAGGGGUGGGGCGCAUGGCGAUCAUAGUCGUGACCAUGUAAGCGUCCUGCCCUCCCCACCCGGUAAAGCUGGAGGUGAGUGUCAGGAAUGGGCAGGCCCAGCAGCACCAGGCAGUUGGACCCGAACCGCUCAGGAUGGCAGCAUUGGUCGGGUCACCUCAGCUCGACCGCCCUUGGCCAGGUCAAAGUCACGCCGCUGCCUCCUUGUUCGUUCGCGCCACCUCCCCGCCACCCCACACAAUACCCUCCCCUACUGACCCAGAUCCCCAAUCAUCCUACACACAUCCCCCCGACACACCCCAACACACACCCCCAAUCACCCCACACUGGGCUCAACCCCCACACACCCUCACCCACACACAUCCCCACCCACCCACACGCCCAAUCACCCCACACCCCCCAGACACACCAGCACACUCAUCCCCACCCGCACACACCCCUACCCACACACAUCUACCCACCCAUACACCCCCACCACCCCACACACCUCCCAGAUAAACACACCCCCCUACCACACCCCCUCCACACCCAAAUCCCUUCCCUCUAAACAAACCGAAACAACAAAUCCCUCCUCCUGCGCCCCGUCUCCUGAAUCAGCGGCCCUGCCCUCAUCAGGUGACAGUGUUCAUGGUGAGCCGACCCCCACAGCCUGGCACCAACAGAGCGACAAGCCCAGGAGUUUUCUUUCUCCAUGUGGGCUGGUGAGCCGUUGUUGGCAAUGGUUUGGGGAGGUGUUGGUGGGGUGGAAGGGGUGGGGUCUGCGCCAUUGCCCAAUCUCCUACCCCGUCCCAUCGAUCUGCCUCAGUGGUCCGACCGGAUGGAUGCUGCAGAACCCCGGGAUGCUCUGUUCUCCACCCACCCACACCCCGAGCCCCGGGAGCUUGUCCGCACCCGCCGCCGCCGAGACGAGAAGCUCCAGUCCGCCGCGGCUAAAACCGGGCCCGAGCGCCGGGACUGGCAGAGCCAGCAGCCGCCCUGCACGCGCCUCCCCACAUCUACCUCGUGGGCCUUCACCAGCUCAGCUGACGCUGGCACCUUCCCAUUUGACUCUCCGACCCCAAUGGCAGAAGGGACGAGAGGAUCGGAUAGUGGGGGGAGAGGAUCCUUCGUUUCCCCCCCCCCCCCCGCCACCCACCAAUGUCAACACUACACUCAACGUGAGGCCUUCCGCCUCUUCUCAUGACACUAAGAAGGAACACAUUGAGGUUGGCAAACUGUGAUGCCAUCUCCUGCCAACGUUGGCAGCGACUGACCGAAGCCUGUUACUCUCUUUGGAUCGUGAUGGCUACCAACCUCACCUCCCCCUCUCCCUCUGUCUCCCCUCCCCUCCCCAAAUGGCGAGAAUUCUCUCCCCCGCACUCUCGGCCCCACCUCACUGGCUCAGUGAUGCCUUGGGCUGGGGCAUGGGGCAAGUGGAUGGUAUUUGUGACCGGCAUUGCCUGCUGCCUGCGAGAGAGAGAAACAUGUGCUUUGCGGCUCUCUCGCCGAGAAGCCAGAAACAACGGAAGUGCCCAUCCAUCCGGCUGGCUCUCCCUGGAGAUGGCUGGCAAAGCCGGGGCCGGGCGCUCCCUCGUGAAAGCUGCAGGACCCUGCCACCCUCCCCUGCCCUCCGCCUCGGAGUUUCCAACAUCCGGAAUGAGCGGACAUCCCGCUGAUGUUUCUGCGGGAUUGGGGGGGAAGGUGGGGUUGGGAGGAGGAGGUCGAGAAGCUGCGGCGACAUCCCUAAGAGGGGGACGUUGGCCAGAUUUGGCACACCCUUGCGUUGGGCACCGGGCUGCAGUGGGAAUGGGGUCACUCCACCCGGCCCAGUGGGAUUCUUGUCUGGGGAUAAAAUGGAAAACCCUCGUCCUUCCCUUCAAGUUCAUCACUUGGACGGCGUUUUUCCCAUCUACUGUGCGUUCCUUUUGACGGGGACAUGUAUUUAUGGUCAUUUAUUUAAAAGAAACAAUUUUUCAAUGAGCCAGCAUUUGGACGUUUGUUACUAACUUGAUGUUACCUGUUUGCACUUCGAAUUGAUGGGGCGUAGUGGGGACAGAACUGGGCGAAGACGGGCCUUUUCUGGCCCUUGACCAAGUUCCUUCAGGAUUCCUUGCCCGUCCCUGACUGGUGGUGGGGGGGCGCUGAGAGCACUUCGGUCGUCUUUUUUCUUACAAAAAUAUACUUUGUUUGUAAAAAAGAAAGUUUUCUUUGUCUGUAUGCAUAGUCACAAGCACACCGGUUCUGUACAGUGGCAUAUCAAGGAAACAAAUGGACAUUGGAGUUUUACUUGAUCCAAAAAAAGGGGUAUCUUUGACAUUCAUAGAAUCCCUACAGUGUGGAAACAGGCCCUUUGACCCAACAAGUCCACACCGACCAUCAGAGCUUCCCACCCAGCACCAUCUCCUGAUAACCCACCCAAUCUACACACCCCUGAACACUACGGGCAAUUUAGCAUGGCCAAUGCACCUAGCCUGCACAUCUUUGGACUGUGGGAGGGAAUCCCACGCAGACACGGGGAGAAUGUGCAAACUCCACACAGACGGUCGCCCGAAGGUGGAAUUGAGCCUGGGACCCUGGUGCUGUGAGGCUGCAGUGCUAACCACUGAGCCAUCGUGCCACCCCAAGUGCAAGACACUGUCAACCAGGAUAAAGGUAACAGAGCAUAGAGCUGGACAAAUACAGCAGGCCAAGCAGCAUCAGAGGAACAGCAAAACUGACGUUUCUUGCCGAGACCCUUCUUCCAGAGGAAACCCAUGCUGACAACUAUGCAAGGGUGAGACAGGCCAUACCUGGAAUACUGUGAACAGUUUUUCAGGGCCUUCACCCAAUGAAAGAUCACCCCUGCAUUCACGGCAGACAAAGAGAAACUUCAGUGAGUCGUGGAGCUGUACAGCGUAGAGACAGACCCUUUGGCCCCACCAACCCAUACUGACCAUUUAUCCUAAAUUAAUCCAGUCCCAUUUGCCAGCAUUUGGCCCAUAUCUCGGCCUCCGAUGCUCCAGGGAAAAUAACCCCAACCCAUUCA